AUGUCACCUCCACUAGCAAAAAAGCAAAAGCUCUCUCAAAGCUCUCCAAUUAUUUUCACUACACUCAAGAAUGAGCCCGAUACUCGCAUCUUUGUUUUCAACCAAGAAUUCCAUGUCAGUGCAGAGCCUUUGCGGAUGAAUUCAGCAUUCUUUGAGAAAGCGUUCGACCCAUGCAAUGGCAAGGAGCUGGUCUCGAGCUCACCUCAAUUCAAAAGUGACUGGUAUACCACUUUGGAUAAAGAUGUUGGAUGGGUCCUUACUUCUAGCUCAAACUACAAUAAGGAUGAGGGCCAUACUGGUUUCAGAGGAAAAAGAUCUCAGGAACAGGAGGCUUUCAACAACAUCCUCUGUGCAAUCUUCAACAGAGAGUAUAAAAUCACUAGUGCCGCAGAGCUCAACUCCAUGGUAAUCCAGGCAGAAUAUUACGGUGCCCUUCCCGUCGUUUCUAAUUCUCUUACCGGGCCAUUCUAUACCAGUCCAGGACUUCUGUCAUCGGAUACCGAUGCCACCAUCCUUCUUCAAACAGCGUUUAAGCUCCGUCACAAGGCACUGUUCCGAGAGUGCUUCAUUCAUGUCCUCGGCCCAUGGUCCGAUCCGCAGUACAAAAAUCUUUCAGAUCAAACGCUCUUCAAGAUGGCGGAUGCAACAUACAAGAGAACAGAAUUGCAGAUCAUGAGGUUACACUUGGACUUGUUCCAAGUUGCUGCGAACUGUCCCCCCGACUCCAAAUACAUGGUAUCCGACGGAACUGAGCAUAUUCAACAUCUGGUAGGCUUGGCGCCAAAGUGUCUCGGCGAAGAUGGAAAAAUCAUCAUGCCCAAAUUCUUCCGGAUGUGUUUCACAGCUGCUGCCAGAAAGCAUCCCGAGGCCCAUGGAGAGAUUGAGAAGAUGCUGGGAAGGAUCCUUCAGAAUAGACUGGUGCUGAUGAAAGAUGCUGUGUCUGGAGAGGGAGAAUUUGAGGAUCACUUCCUGCACUUCAGCGUUCCCGAUCGCAUGCUUCCGUGGGAUUUGAGGGAGGUCACCUGGUGA